GAUAUAACCGGCGCGCGAUGGUCUUCUGAACGUCAGUUGCGAUAGUUGGUUCUCCGGUUUAAGACGUGUGGAAUUCGCUUGCGGUCCCAAAACGCCCCGCAGGCUUCGGUUCCGGUGUGAAUAGUGCGAAAGGACUUGGUGCGAAAAAUCAUAAACUGUUACAGUGGACAUUCCCGGCUUGUGAGGGAAAAACCCGCCAAGAAAAUGUGGAAAUCCGCGGUAGUGUUGUUGGCGAUGGUCGGUCUCUGUGCCGUCAGUGCGACCCAGAAGCUCAAGGAGCGCUACAACUGGAAACAGAUGGACUUUGUUUUCCCUAAUCAACGGCUGAAGCAGCAGGCACUUGCCAGCGGGGACUACGUCCCGACCAAUGGAUUACCGGUGGGAAUCGAGCGUUGGGAGAACAAAUUGUUCGUCUCGGUGCCAAGAUGGAAGGAUGGCAUACCCUCGACGCUCAACUAUAUCGACAUGAACAAAACCCCAUCCGGAUCGCCACCACUCAUCCCGUAUCCCGAUUGGUCCAGCAACGUGGCCGGUGACUGCCAGAAUGGUCUUUCCACCGUGUACCGUAUCAAGGCGGAUAAGUGCGGUCGCCUUUGGCUGUUGGAUACCGGAACCGUAGGCAUUGGAAACACCACCCAGCAGCUGUGCCCAUACGCGCUGAACAUCUUCGAUCUGAAAACGAACCGUCGCAUCCGCCGAUACGAGCUCCGUCCAGAGGACACCAACCCGAACACUUUCAUCGCCAACAUUGCCAUCGACAUGGGACGCAGCUGUGACGACACCUUCGCUUACAUGUCCGAUGAGCUGGGUUACGGUUUGAUCGUGUACUCUUUCGAGAAGAACAAGUCUUGGCGCUUCGCACAUAGCUUCUUCUUCCCCGAUCCACUGCGUGGGGACUUCAACAUCGCCGGUCUGAACUUCCAGUGGGGUGAAGAGGGUAUCUUCGGAAUGUCGCUCACACCCCUGCAAGCCGACGGAUAUCGCACCCUGUACUUCUCACCACUGGCCAGUCAUCGGGAGUUUAUGGUAUCCACUAAAAUCUUGCGUAACGAAGAUGGUGUCGAGGAAAGCUUCCACGACUUCCAGUAUCUGAAGGAACGAGGUCCAAACAGUCACACCACCUCUCGAGUGAUGAGCGAAACCGGUCUCCAACUGUUCAAUCUGAUCGAUCAGAACGCGGUCGGUUGUUGGCACUCGUCUCUCCCGUACAGCCCCGAAUAUCAUGGACUCGUCGAUCAAGAUGAUGUUGAACUGGUAUUCCCCGCUGACGUUAAGAUUGAUGAAGAGGAAAAUGUGUGGGUCAUCUCCGACCGGAUGCCAGUGUUCCUGAUUGCCGAGCUAGACUACAGCGACAUUAAUUUCCGUAUUUUCUCGGCUCCACUGAGUACCCUCGUUGCCGGUACAGUGUGCGAUACCCAAACGCCUUACGCAACCGCCAUUCAAUCCAAGUUUGGAGCACCGGAGCUAACCACCUAUCCUGGCACCACCCUGGUUCCAACGACCUUUGCACAACCCAUUAGCUACACACCCAGCUCGUACGCUCCAACCAUUGCCCCCAUAACCGCUGCCAAGUACACGUCGAAUCACUUUGAAGCUCCAGCUUCGCCUCUGUACACAACCCAGCGAUAUCCGACGACGGCUACGGCUUACCACUACAAUAAGUACCACGGAAUCGAAUACCAGACGCAUGGGGACGGUCACGGUGCCCAUUAUCACCACCACCACGAAGAUCCCCAUGAUCACCACCAUGGUCCGUACCACGGUCCCGAUCAUGAUCACGACCAUGACCACUCGGGACAUUUCGGCCAUCGCUACUGGCCUGGAUCGGAGAAGAAGCAGGACUCGUGGAAGCAGCACUAUUACUGAGAGCACGAACACUACGCCACAGAGAAUGAGAGAGAGAGACGCGAGAGGGCGUCGAGCGGGUUCUGGGACGGGGGAACUAGUUAAAUUAUUUGUGAACCAAGCACUUAGUAGUAGUAGGGAUAAGAGAUAUUUCAAUAAAUUAUGAUUUCAAUUAAUUGAGAA